AUGCUAUAUAUAUAUUAUUCUAAGAAUAAGAUUAAAAGACAAUUUAUUACAUCAUACUACCUAAAAAGAGGGAAGAAUAUAUUUUGUAAAAGAUUUUAUCAAUUAAUACUAUUUAUUGAAUUAUUUUUAUUAUUUUUAAAUAAUGAUCUUGGAACAGGAAAUGAAAUAAUUUCAAGCUGUGAGUCACCAAAUAUUAUAACAGCAUCAAAGUAUACCUCUGGUUAUAUAUUAUCACCAAAUUAUCCAUCAAAUUAUCCAUCAAAUCAAAAUUGUAGUUAUAUAUUAACGGAUUUUGAAUUAGAAAAUUACUUUCCUAGUAGUAAGCAAUGUUUAAAUGAUUAUCUUUUGGUUGUUGUUAUUGAUAGGAAUAGUAGAAGACAUUAUGAGAAUAGAAUGUGUGGCAAUAAAUUACCGAAACCUAUUAAAACUAUGCAACAUAAAGUAGAAAUUAUUUUUGUUACAUCUAAAAUGAGUAAUAGAAGAGGAUUUAAAAUUAAAUAUGAAUUUAUACCUGAAGAAAAUAUAAUACAACCUGUUAGUUAUUUAGAUGAUAUAAAUAAAAAGUAUCUAAAAGAAUGUGGUGGAAAAACAGAAGAGGGAAAAGAAGAAUUGACAGGAUCUAUACAAUCUCCAGGGUACCCAUCAAAUUAUCCAUCUAACUCUACCUGUUAUUGGUUGAUACGUGUUGGAACUGGUAAAAGAAUUUACAUAAGAAUAACUCAUCUUGACAUAUCUUUAACUAUGGCUGAAUGUGACAAAACUUACCUUCAUAUUAUUGAUGGAUAUAAACAUGAUGGUAAACCAGAAUUUGGUAUUUCAAGAAAAUCUACUAAAACAAAGAUGGAGGCAAAAUAUUGUGGAAAUGAAUUGUAUUAUGCAGAUGAGGAGUCAAAAAGUUUUUUGUCUGAGGGAAAUAGAGUUAUAGUAAAAUUUGUCUCAUCUGAAAAACCAUCAUCAGAACAGUAUAAUAAAUAUGAAUUAGAAGGUAAACCAAUUGGUUUUAAACUUCGAUGGACAGAGGUUCAUGAUUUAGUAGAAGAUGGAAUGGAAAAAAAUUGUAAAGGAUUUACAUGUAAAGGUGGUGAAAUUUGUAUUGAUGAUGGGCAAAAUGUUUGUGCACAAAGGACUAGAUUAUGUAUCAAUGAAACACUAGUAUGUAAUGGUAUAGGAAAUUGUGCUGAAAUGGAUUUUAGUGAUGAAGCAAAUUGUUAUUCUGAUCAAAUAGUUAUUGUUUCAACAAGUGGAAUGAUUAUUGUAAUAAUAUUAAUUAUAAUAACAAUAAUAAUACAAAGAAAUAAAAAAGUUAAAGAAGUUAAUAGGAGAGUAGAAACAUUAAGAAGAAAUAAUGAAAAUAUUUUAUCAAUAAAUCCUGAUGCAAUGAAAAUGAGUAUGUUACUUAAUACAUCAUCAUUUGAUGAUUGUCAAAAAUUUACAUCAACAAAAGAAAUUAUACAUAACGGACAUUGUAAUAAAAGAGGAAAACCUCCAAUACCAGUAAGAAAUGUUUCUAUAAAUCAUUCAAAUUGUAAAAUAACAAAUAAUGUAAUAAAAAUAAAUGAAAAUAGUAAUAUAAAAGAAUUAGAUGAAAAUGAGAUAUGGCAAAGAAGAAGUGAAAAAUUAUUUUUAAAUGAACCUAUACCAGAAAUAUUGGUUGAAAAUGUUUUAUCUGAAGAAGGUAAUGAUAUUGACAUUGAAUAUAUUCAAUCUGAUUGUUAUAAACGUGGAAAGCCAGUAUUAGUUUAA